AUGCCCCAUUCAUUUGACUGGGUUUGCAAGGAUAUCGUCAAAAAGCUUCAAGGAAAAGAUCUGAAGCCUGUCGGACGUUUGUCAGAUGCGAUGAAGUUCCGCCAGUUUGAGAUACUGCAGAAGAAUCCUCAGUCGCUGUUUUUUGAAUAUGAAGAUACUCCAGUUGGAUCUUCUCUUCUGCAGAUCUUAGAGCCAAAUUGUCCAGUCCCAGGAAUACCUGAAGUGUCAACUCCCAUCCCCCUCAAACACACUGUAUCCUGGAAACUGAAGGCUAACAUGGGUGUUGCAGAAGGAAGUGUUUCAGCAGAGUUAGUUCAGUCCUGUGGAUACGACAUCGAGGUUUGGUGUACUAGCAUCCCAGAUUCAAAACUGGAAAGUCCUCAAAACAGGAAACUGCUGGACUGGGAGCCAUCAUUUGUGAAAGAUUGCCAGAUGGGAAUGAAGGACCUGUAUGUGGUGACAGAGGCCUUUGAAGUGACCAAGGAUGCUGUGCUGGAAGACAGUAGCAGUGUAGACCUUUCAGGAAAAGUGGGCAUCCCCCAGGUUGUCAAGGUAUAG